AUGGGCGCCAGCCCUGAGUGGACGACUCUUCAACGUCAUUUGGGUAAGCUUGUAUAACUGCCAGCAAGAACAGGGUCGUCUUGCUUGUUUCGGUUUCUGUCUAGCACAUCAUUGACGUGAAAGUUGAUAAUCCCAUGGGGGUAACCACUUUGAAAAAAAAGUUAAGAAAUGGUAGGUUACAAAUAGCCAGCUAGAAGACUUGACACGUUAACCUGAAUAAAUUGGUCUUUGGUUCAUUCGUUCGUUCAUUCCUGUAAGAAUGUAGGUUCAUGCAUGAAACGCAAUGUAGGUAAACGCCAUCCAUUGCGCGCGGUUAUGGAGGAAUGUAACCUGUUCCAGGCGUUCCCUGUCCUCCCUCGUUUUCCCCGAAUACAUCAUCAGAUUACGGUAAUAAUGUUGCUAUACCCUCAAACUUUUUCAACCUCCCUUGACAAAAAAUUCAAUAAGAUUUCACACCUCGAGCUUAUCGCCUCUCCUUCGGCUAAGCGAGGUUGAAAAGAGAGCUUGCCACACCUAAAAAAGGUUCUCACCCAGUAAAGCUCAGUGAUGAUCGUUAAACAGUAACUGUUUCUCUGAAUUACUUCUAGUCAUUGAAAAUAGUAUUUUCUCCCUGUCCCACUAAGAGAAGACGAAGCGUUUCUUUCAUGACAGAUUUCGAGGACAUAUUACAGUGCACCUCUCUCUUAACAGACACUUCUAGACGAAUGACACCUAAAAGAGGACAGUAAGGGUUUUUCCCGUAGUUCUUCAGUUAUAUUCUUUGACUCUCUCAAACGCGAACAGCUCUGUAAGACGGAUACUCGGUGACGUUUCAAACGGUGCCCUUCUUAGGGAGAGUUGACUAAAGUAACUCUUGAGUGCUACGCUAAUGCAAAUCUUGAAACAAUCUUAUUUCAGGUUUGGACCCUCAGAAGGCGUUACAACAAGCUGAGAAAGCCAUAGAAAACGUUCGUUCAGAGCUGAAUGACGAAUGGGAUUUUCAUGGACUUUACUCGGCGAAUGGGUACGGACUUGAUGGUCUCCCAUGGUGCACCUCGCACUAUGCUUUUCACAUGGUACUUUGGCACAUUCUUUUUGCGAUCUCGGACCAGUACUUCUCGGCGCCAGAAGCAACGCUUCCAUUUGAACCUAAGCUCUCUUGUCCGUAUAACGUUCCCUUCUAUACAUCGUUUGCCACAGGGACUUUGCAAUGUACCUUUGUCCAAAAACGAAAUCAAACCAAAAUGAAGUUUCAAAUUAUGUGGACCUCAGGUGAGAUGUUUCUACAACAGCUUGCGGUCAGCAGCUUUCGAUAUCCAAGUGCACUAACGCUGAAACAGGGUGAAGUAGUCACAUGGUUUUCACAUUAA